AAGCUUCGUCGGUCUCGUGAACAGCGACGAGCAGCGGCGAGAAGCGGUGGAAGAAGAGCAGCUGAUUUCUCGAGUGGCAAUCGCUCGCCGGAGAUCGAGAUCUCAGGGAUCUCGCUAAUCGGACUUCGAAAUCGCUGUAAGUCUGAUGGGAAAAGAAGUUAUAGAAAUGUCUGCUGAUGAAGAAUUAGAUAGUGUUCUUAUUUCAACUGAUGGUCUUUCUUCCAAACUUCUCGAAGAGUCUGCAUUAGACAAAGUUAUGAUGGGCAUUUCUGAUUCCAGCAUUCUUGAUGAAGCUGUAGAGACUAAAGCCGAAGAAAAAUUAUUCAUAAAGGAAUCUCCUGAUAAAGCUGCUUUAAUUCAUCAAGAUAGAAUUUGUAACAAUGGAAAUGGAAUUGCUGCUGUGAACAACUCAAGUGUCCAGCCUGAUGCACCAGAGAUGGUAUCAGUAACUUGUGAAGCUCAGUCGCCCCUUAAUCAGAAGCAAGACUCUAGCAUUAAACCAAAAACCAAAGCUGCCUCUGGAACUUCACGAUCGAACUACACUGUUCCCCAACCAUUUGCUCUUGCAACUUAUAAGCGAGCCUUGGGUGGAAUUCGGGAUUCUAUUCCUGAUGCUGCUGGUAAUGGAAACAAGCCUGCUAAUCAGAGCAACAAGCUGAUAUCAAACAUGACAAAAAAGAGUGAGAAAAAAUUGUCUCUUGAAUCAAGGAAGCCUCUUCAACCUGAUAAUACAAUGCACCACGAUGAUGAGGAUGCUUGCUCUGUUGCUUCUUCAACCACUGCAUCUGUACGAGGAAUGAAGGUUGGAUCAACACUGGCAUCUGCUCCAGUCUUUAGAGUCUCGGAGCGGGCACAGAAGCGGAAAGAGUUCUACUCAAAAUUAGAAGAGAAGCACCAGGCUUUGGAGGCAGAGAAAAACCAGUCUGAAGCCAGGACAAAGGAAGAGCGAGAAGCAGCUAUAAGGCAAUUGAGGAAGAGUUUGAAUUUCAAAGCAACACCAAUGCCUAGUUUCUACCAUGAGGGACCACCUCCCAAAGUUGAACUUAAAAAGGUACCACCAACUCGUGCAAAAUCCCCAAAGCUUGGUCGAAGGAAGAGCUGCGGUGAUGCAACAAAUCCAUCUACUAGAGAUAAGCAGGCAGGAGACCGAAAUAGGCUGAAUCGUCAUAGUUUGGGAAGCAUAAAACAGGAGGCAAACAAAAACAAUGGUCGAAAGAACAGCAACUCAAGUCAUAAAGAAAAAGAAGGCUCCAAACCAGCGAAGGAUGAUUUGAAAGACCUUGAUUGUGAAGUAGCAGAGCCCAAAGCUACCGAUGAUGUCUCUGUGAACGAUAGUGAUGAUGUCUCUGUGAAAGUUAUCGAUGAUGUCUCUGUGGAAUCCUGAUUAGGAAUCGGUAUAUGUUUUAAUUUGGCUCCUGCAUCACAGAAUUGAUUGUCUAAAGAUGAAGUGUUGGUUGUGACAGUUGCUUAAUUUCCUAUAUGUGAAACUCUUCAGCAAGACUUGUGUGAUGUAUGAUGUUGUAAAUUUUGUAAGUUAUAUUACUACUCUAUGACUUUGAGUCUGCAGGGUGGCUUCUUGACUUGGUUACCCAUAAAUAUUCUGUUAUAAAUUCUAUCAUUGCUCUCUA